AUGGGCUUAGCAUACAACACAUACCUGAAUAGCAGCAAGGUCUACGGCUGCAAGACCUGCAAGGCGCAUCUGGCAAACCACGAGGAUAUCAUCAGCCGGAACUUUCGAGGACAGCAUGGCAAAGCGUAUUUGUUUAACAGUGUCGUGAACAUCGAGACGGGCGAGCCUAGCGAGCGCAACAUGACGACGGGACGCCAUAUUGUCCGGGACAUCACCUGCAAGCAGUGCAAGGAGACGGUUGGUUGGAAGUACGAUAAAGCGUACGAAGCCACGGAGAAGUACAAGGAGGGCAAGUUCAUUCUCGAGGCGGAAUUGCUCUGCAACGUUACCUGA